AUGGAUGCCGAAGGAGAAAGGCAAUGGAACUCACUGAUUGUACCAUCUGUUCAAGAACUGGUUAAGGAUAAGAACAUUACCACUGUUCCUCCGAGAUACGUACGGUCUGAUCAAGAUAAAGUUGAGAUCGUUGAUGAUUCUGGUAUCGGACUCGAAAUUCCGGUUAUCAAUAUGAAGAGUUUAUGUUCUACAACUACCAUGAAUUCUGAACUCGCGAAGCUUGAUUUCGCUUGCAAAGAAUGGGGAUUUUUCCAGCUUGUAAACCAUGGAAUAGAGCCAUAUUUUUUGGAUAAUCUAAAGGCAGAGAUUCAAGAUUUCUUCAACUUUCCAACCGAAGAAAAGAAGAAGUUUUGGCAACGAAGUGGCGAAAUCGAAGGGUUUGGGCAAGUGUUUGUAGUUUCAGAAGAUCAGAAACUCGACUGGGGCGACAGUUUCUUUCUCACCACUCAACCAGUUCGAUUACGUAAACCUAGUUUGUUACCCAAACUACCUAUUCCGUUGAGGGAUUUGCUAGACACCUAUUCAACUGAAGUAAAGAACUUAACUAAGAUUCUCUUGGCGAAAAUGGCAAUAGCCCUGAAGAUCAAACCCGAAGAAAUAGAAGAUUGGUUCGAGGAUUUAUGGCAGUCAAUAAGGAUGAACUAUUACCCUCCUUGUCCAGAACCUGAUAAGGUCAUCGGUCUAACUCAUCAUUCGGAUGUUGUCGCUCUCACCAUAUUGUUACAGAUGAAUGAGGUGGAAGGCCUCCAAAUCAAGAAAGAUGGCAAAUGGGUUCCUAUCAAACCCCUUCCAAAUGCUUUGGUUGUCAAUGUUGGAGAUAGUCUAGAGAUCAUAACGAAUGGAAUAUAUCGGAGCAUCGAGCAUAGAGCAAUGGUGAACACAGAGAAAGAGAGGAUUUCGGUUGCGGUGUUUCAUAGUCCAGGGUUGGAUACAAGAUUUGGUCCGACGAAAAGCCUUGUGGAGAGGCUAAACAAUGCAUUUUUCAAAAGCGUCAACACUGAAGAGUACUUCAAUAUCUACUUUGCUAGGGAGCUCAAUGGAAAAUCUCAUCUCGAUCUUUUCAGAAUAUAAACAAAAAACCUUAAUAAAAUUAUAUAAAUAUUUAUAUAUAUUAUGGCUUGCGA